UAUUAGAAAAUAGACUCGCUGUAUAGACCAACACAGCGCAAUGUUGCUACUGAGACUGCACGAGUCAACAUCUCUAUAUGAGAAGGUUAAGGAAUGCAAGAACACCACUGGCUUGUCCUAAGCUUUCGGGGUCCGUCCUCCGUAACACUUUAAACACAAUGGGGCGACACGAGAAGGUAAACAGCACCAAGGAAGAUGGACAGCUAAGAGCCUGGCUUUGUUCCCGCCCCCUUCAGGCGAAGCAGCCAACUGGAUUCGAGUUUAGAAGCUGUCCUUCAAAAAAGGACUGCAAAUAUUCCAGGUGAAGAAACAUUGUGGCAUACUUUGAUCCAGUGACCCGGUGAUGAACAUCAGAUUCUUCCCAAUGUUUUGAUGGAACCUAUUUCGAGCUAUACAGACCAGAGAUUCUCUGUUCUAUAAUUCUGCCGCUGUUUGCGGCUAAAACAACCCACACAGCGGCUUUAGGCCUUUUAGGAUAACUGUACAUAUAGAAGACAUCAUGGACACUUUUGGACUGUCGUUAGUGUUGAUGUUUCUUAAUUAUAUUGGAAAGAGUGCCAUGACACACGUUCCGUAUGUGAGGCGGGUCCGCAACACGGGACCCAAAUAUCCGUGCACCUCUAUGGGGAUUCAGUGGGUGAGACAUGAAAACGACUGUUCUAGGUACUAUAUAUGCAGCUUUGGGAAACCGCAGCUGCUGCCGGCGUGUCCUGGCAAUUCGCAUUGGUCAAAUACUUUUAAAAACUGUGUGCCGAUAGACUCCCGAUGGGAUGAUUGUGUUUUCCCUCAGGAAACUACAGUGACUAUCAGAGAUGAUUUCCGUCCCACAACGAAACCAAGAACACGCCCGAUAUGGCGUGUCGUCACCACGUUGCUUCCAAGGCAGAGGAACGUCUUCACAACGUUGGCUCCGUGGCGUCGCGUUGCCACGACGUUGACACCGUGGCGUCGCGCCAUAACAACGUUGCCUCCGUGGCGACAGGCAGUGACGGCGUUGUUGCCGGCGGUGCACGCGACCCAUUGGUGGGAAAAAGAUGCAAUUACUUCCAGACUGUGGACGCGAUCGCAGCACGACCACAACCGCAUAACGACGUCGUCACCGAAGAAGAUGAAGAACAACCUCUCUCAGAACAGAGUUACGCGAUCGCGACAGAAAACGACGCGGUGGUGGAAGGCGCACAUGAGAUGGCACAAAACAACGGCUCGCUGGAAGACAUCUAGACCAACGUGGAAGCGAAAGGCGACGACGCAAAGACGGACAACGCCGUCGUGGAUUCAUACAACGACGCCAUCAUCGCGCACGACGGCACCGCCGUUCAGAACCACUCCCUGGUGGCAGAGAAGCAAGCAGUGGGUGAGGCCAGAAUCACCAUGGCAACGAACCUCGCCUCCAUCUUGGGGCGUCACGAGGCCCGCGCGAAAACCAAUGGCUACAACGACGUCGUCAUCGUGGCAGAGGAAAACGCGGCGGAACAUUAGUUGGCGGAAACCGACAACGUCGACGCCAUCUUGGGUGAGCAGAACAACCCAGCGGCAAAAACCGAGAGUCCCCGACGAGAGACCCAAGUCUCCGUGGCAAAACAUAAACUCGCCCUGGUAUCGCGGGACGCCGUGGUGGCAGCGCAGCACGCCGUGGUGGCAAACGCAUCGAACGACGACAGCGCCUCCGCCGCCACCAACACAACCACGAACAACAACACAAACGGCGCACAUAACGCCAACACUAACUCAACCACCUCUGAGGAGGAGGAAAAAAACUCGGUCUCCAUGGCGGACGCGAAAACCUUGGUGGCGAAGACGAAUUACAACAACAACGACGACGAUCCCGACAACGUCGUCACCACGGUGGCAUAGGAGAAGAGCCACUACCGUAAAAACGACAGUAGAGACGAGAAAACCAACAACGACGUCGCUAAUAACGACGACACGAGCCCAAGAACAAACCACGUGGCAGAGGUGGACGAACCCGUGGGCCAAGUCGACGUGGAAGACGUUGUUUACGACGUUGGCCCCGUGGUUGUCGACGACAUUCAGGUGGUACACGCCGCCUUCGCCGCCGCCGAAAACAACGACGGCAUCGUGGGAAACUAUUACCUGGAAGACAACGCCAUCACCAUGGCAACGACCGAUGAUUACAACACCCAAGUCGCCCUUCCCAUCGUUUUCCACAAAAGGAAUAAGCAUUCCGCAAGAUACGAAAAUUACAACAUGGCGGCCGAACUACAGAGCAGAAUGCGGAGUUGCUAUUACCAACUUAAUAGUGGGCGGAGUCCCAUCCACUGGCGGAAGGUGGCCGUGGGUUGCUUCCCUUAGACUGACGUGGGCCAAGCGUCACGUGUGCGGCGGAACACUCGUACAUCCCCAAUGGAUCAUCACGGCAGCGCACUGCGUUCACGGGAGUCAGUUCGAAAAGGUCACCGACUGGCGAGCGGUGGUUGGUGAACAUGAACAGGAAGUGACGACAGGGCGGGAAACGAAGCGCGAAAUAGACCUCAUAAUGAAGCAUCCUGAAUUUGUUAACGGCGGAAACUACCCGAACGAUAUAGCUUUGAUGCGGCUUACGAAAGCUGUUGACGUCACGGGGUUUGACAUCCGACAUGCGUGUUUGCCACACAAAGACGAACAGUUCCAACCGGAAGACGACUGUUGGAUUAUGGGAUGGGGAGAAACAAAAGAUGUCGAGGACCACAACAUUCUACAGGAACUCAAAGUGAACGUCAGGAAAAACAACGCAUGCGCAGCUAGAUGGGGAUGGAAGAGAAUAUUAAAUUCCCACGUCUGCGUCGGUAAUGGAGACGGUGGGGCGUGCAAUGGCGAUUCGGGCGGACCACUCGUUUGUCAGAGGGGCGGCUACUACUUUCUAGUAGGCGUGACGUCAUGGGGCGUCAGUGGAUGUCAGACUUCCGGUUACCCUAGUGUUUUCUCGCGAGUUUCCUUCUAUGAAAACUGGAUAAAGGACAUAAUUAAGACGUAUUCCAAAGAUUCGUGAAUAUCCCAUGCAAAAUAUAUACAGGCUGUGCAUAUGGUUGCUAUUUAACUGUACAAAGUGUAAAUAAAAUAAAUUUUAUAUUGUU